AUGUCAUUCUCUUCCAACGUGCCACAACUUUUCUUGUUGUUGGUUCUGUUGACCAAUAUAGUCAGUGGAGCAGUCAUUUCAGUAUGGUCCACCUCAAAGGUUACGAAGACUUUUACUGCCGCUCCAAGAACUGUCACUGUUUAUGCUGAUGGUGACGGAGUUGUACCAUCCAAGUCGGCCGAUGGGGACUCAACGAAAGCAGCCACUGGAGAAAUUUCAAAUGGCAAUUCGAACGAAGGAUCAAACCCAAAUGAACUUCCCGCAUUUUCCACUAUCUACGGCCCCAGUGGACGGUACGAACUAUACCUCUCCACAAGCUAUAGUACUUAUGCUACCACUCUCUACUACACUAGCACAGCAACUUAUGGUACCAUUCGUUCUUCAGCCGCACCUGCAAAGGAGACUCAAUCGGUAAGUGAAACUGAAAAAAUCAUCUCAGUGAAUCCAAUUGAGGCCUCCACGGCUCCGACGACUACCAGCACGGUUUUUUCGGCUACAACAUCAAUCCCAACAAGUUCUUUGGGACGAAUCAGCACAGGAUUAGAGACUUCAAUUUCUAGCAACCCUCUGGUCACAGAGCCUGUGGCAACUUCGUCGGCCUCAAGAACUAUAGAAACUGCAACCUUGACUGAAAGUGUGCAGAUUAGCACCGGUCUAGUGAACGGAACUCGGUCAACUUCAACUUAUGAAACUUUGAAGACAGUCUACAGUAGCUUCAAUUCGUCUACAAUAAUUGGAACUGCGACUGCUACGCAAACCUCACUUGGCUCGACUUUCACAACUUUGUCAACGCUCUAUAGUAGCUUCAAUUCCUCCAGCGCCAUUGGGACUGAAACUGCAACAGAAACUUCAAAGGUCUCUCCAACUCAGACUACCGUGCCAAGUCCAGAUGUUGGUGUCGUAGAUUUGUUCGAAACUAUCGACACUGCACCACCUCCAAGUGUCUUCUCUAGACAGGAUUUACCUCUUCCAUUGUUGAGCUCAGUGUCUAACAACGGCAAACCCUACCAGACCAACAAGUUUUACCAAAACAUUGUUAUUGGUGAUCAAAAGGGGGCGGUAAUCACCUAUCCAUACAGUGUAUUCUACACUUCUGAAAACCAUCUCGGGCUGGGAAUCUCUCACUACACAGAGAGUGAUAAGGUGUUUGGGCCCACCAAUUCAAACGGAGCCUCCAGUUACUUCCUUAAUCCUACCCUGGUUGGUCACUUAGUUUUAUCGGCCAAAGAGUUCACAUCUUCAGGAUUGAGUUUGCAAGUUUCAGAGUUGAAAGAAUUGUCAGUAUUGGCAACUUUGCAAUCCUCCAGCGGAUCUGUUCACGCUCCAUUGGUGGAAGGAAUGGGAUUUGUCUCUGGGGUUUACGAGGGAUCUCUGACACUCAGACUGAGCUCUCAAGUUGGUUUUAAGACUCUAACUCAGGAGACUUCUAAAACUCUUCCUUCCGGAGUUCUAAAGUUCAGAGUAACUCUUUUCAGUGAUAUUGAAUGGUUGGUUUAUGUGACACUCCCAGAGGGCACUUCGUCAGACUACAAGUUAGAAAUCACAGACAAUUACACCCUGCAAGGAACCGAGUCGGUUGACGGGUUAAUUGUGCAAGUUGCCAAGGCAGCUGAGAAAGAAGAGUCUGAAAUUUACUACGACUAUGCGGCUGGUAUGUACCCUGAGUCUGCAGUGGUUACCGGUUCGACAGAUAUUUCCACCAAUGUUGCCUCAUAUAGUAUCGUAUAUGACACUAAGGGGAAGUCAUCUUCAGGAAGCACCCUAGUGUUUGCCCUACCCCACCAAGUCGACUCCAUCGACGAAUCAACCAAUGCUCGUGACACGGGAGUUCAAUUGGAAUCAACCACCAAGGGCAAACUAAGGGCUUACCUGACCAAUGUCCUAGGACUCCAAGAGACCGUAACCUCUCAAAUCCAAUUUCUGCCUUGGGCCUCUUUCAUGAGUAAAACUCUCUCAUACACAGCACAACAACUACAAGAGCUUGCCCAAAUUGCCAAUGACGAAAUCUCGCAGGACAUCAAAAAUGCAGUGACGGGGCUGGACUCCAACUACUUUUCAGGAAAAGUCCUGGACAAGUAUGCUUACAUUUUGCUGGUCAUUUCAGACAUCAUCCAGGACGAUGAGGUUGCUCUGAGUCUUUUAGAGACCUUGAAAGAGACUAUUGGAGUGUUCACCUCAAACCAGCAGUACUAUCCACUAAUGUACGACACAAGGUAUGGAGGAGUGACAUCCACUGGGUCUCAAAGUGGAGACACCGGUGUUGACUUUGGAUCUGCAUAUUACAACGAUCACCAUUUCCAUUACGGUUACUUCAUCCACGCAGCAGCUGUAAUCGGACAUGUCGACAACAAGAUAGGCAAUGGGACCUGGGCUCAAGCCAAUAAAGACUGGGUCAACUCUUUGGUCAGAGAUGUUGCCAACCCUUCAGAUGGGGAUUCUUACUUCCCUGUUUCCAGGUCUUUCGAUUGGUACCAGGGCCAUUCGUGGGCCAGCGGGCUGUUCUCCGCAUACGAUGGACGAAACCAAGAGUCUAGUUCGGAAGAUUACAACUUUGCCUAUGGAAUGAAGUUAUGGGGAGCAGUAAUUGGCGAUACCUCCAUGGAGCAGAGAGGAAACCUGAUGCUUUCUAUAAUGAGUCGAGCUAUAGGAACGUACUUCCUCUUUGAGGACAGCAACGCUGUGGUCCCAUCGGAGAUCAUCCCCAACAGGGUUGCGGGAAUUCUGUUUGAAAACAAAAUGGAUUACACCACUUAUUUUGGUACUAAUAAGGAAUACAUCCACGGUAUCCACAUGCUGCCUAUCACACCAGCCUCCUCGUUGAUCAGGACGCCCCAAUUUGUCUCUCAGGAGUGGUCCUCUGUGAUUUCAAACAUACUGCCAGAUGUGAACUCAGGAUGGACGGGAAUUCUGAGAUUAAACCAGGCACUUUCUGAUCCUGUGUCUGCAUUUUCAUUUUUUUCAAAUGAUGAUGUAUGGAACAAUAACUAUCUAGAUAAUGGCCAAAGUCGUACAUGGGCAUACGCAUUUUCUGCAGGACUGGCUAAUUCCGUUUAA